AUGCUGCUGGACGCGGGGCCGCAGUUCCCGGCCAUCGGGGUGGGCAGCUUUGCCCGACACCAUCACCAUUCGGCGGCUGCGGCGGCAGCGGCCGCGGAGAUGCAAGACCGCGAGCUAAGCCUGGCGGCGGCGCAGAACGGCUUCGUGGACUCGGCCGCGGCGCACAUGGGCGCCUUCAAGCUCAACCCCGGGGCCCAUGAUCUGUCCCCUGGCCAGAGCUCGGCUUUUACCUCGCAAGGGCCCGGGGGCUACCCGGGUUCUGCCGCAGCGGCAGCCGCAGCCGCAGCCCUGGGGCCCCACGCCGCCCAUGUAGGCUCUUAUUCGGGAGCACCCUUUAACUCCACCCGGGACUUUCUGUUCCGCAGCCGGGGUUUUGGGGACUCGACUCCGGCCGGUGGGCAGCACGGGCUAUUCGGGCCAGGGGCAGGAAGCCUGCACCACCCGCAUACAGAUGCCCAAAGCCACCUUCUGUUCCCAGGGAUCCAUGAGCAGCACGGCCCCCACGGCUCUCAGAAUGUGCUGAACGGGCAAAUGCGGCUGGGGCUGCCCGGGGAGGUGUUCGGUCGCUCGGACCAGUACCGCCAAGUGUCCAGCCCCCGGACUGACCCUUACUCGGCGGCCCAGCUCCACAACCAAUACGGCCCCAUGAAUAUGAACAUGGGCAUGAACAUGGCAGCGGCCGCCGCCCACCACCACCACCACCACCACCACCCAGGUGCCUUUUUCCGCUACAUGAGGCAGCAGUGCAUCAAACAGGAGCUCAUCUGCAAGUGGAUCGACCCGGAACAACUGAGCAAUCCCAAGAAGAGUUGCAACAAAACUUUCAGCACCAUGCACGAGCUAGUCACCCACGUCUCAGUGGAGCACGUCGGGGGCCCUGAGCAGAGUAACCACAUCUGUUUCUGGGAGGAGUGUCCUCGGGAGGGCAAGCCCUUCAAGGCCAAAUACAAACUGGUCAACCACAUCCGUGUGCACACCGGAGAGAAGCCGUUUCCUUGCCCCUUUCCCGGCUGCGGGAAAGUUUUCGCCCGUUCGGAAAAUCUGAAGAUACAUAAAAGGACCCACACAGGAGAGAAGCCGUUCCAGUGUGAAUUCGAAGGCUGUGACAGACGCUUUGCCAACAGCAGCGAUCGGAAGAAGCACAUGCACGUCCAUACUUCGGAUAAGCCCUAUCUUUGUAAGAUGUGUGACAAAUCUUACACCCAUCCCAGCUCCCUGAGGAAGCACAUGAAGGUCCAUGAGUCCUCCCCACAGGGCUCGGAAUCCUCCCCGGCCGCCAGCUCGGGCUAUGAGUCCUCCACCCCACCCGGGCUAGUGUCCCCUAGCGCCGAGCCCCAGAGUACCACCAAUCUGUCUCCGGCUGCUGCUGCUGCAGCGGCGGCAGCGGCAGCAGCGGCGGCGGCGGCCGCUGCGGUGUCCGCGGUGCACAGGAGCAGCGGGGCUGGAGGUGGCGGCGGAGGCGGCGGCAGCAGCGGGGGAGGCAGCGGGGGUGCCGGUGGCGGCGGUGGAGGGGGCGGUGGCAGCAGCAGCACCGGCGGGGGCGGUGGGACCGGCGGGGGUCACAGUGGCCUCUCCUCCAACUUCAACGAAUGGUACGUCUAAAGGAGGGGCCAAUCUCCUUCUCCCAACCCC